AACCGUGCGGGCGGUGCUACUGGCGGGAGGAGUAAAGAUGGCGGUGCUGGGGUCUCCGCCUUCUGCUCCGGGCUGAAUCGCUCUGAGGGAAGCUGCAGCGGCAACUGGGGCAGCAAUAGCAAUCCAGGGGUGGUGAGUUUCAGCAGCAGCUGCGGAGGUCGGAGCAAUGGCGGAGCUGGAGCACCUGGGCGGGAAGCGGGCAGAGUCCGCGCGAAUGCGGCGGGCUGAGCAGCUUCGGCGCUGGCGGGGCUCGCUGACAGAGCAGGAACCCGCCGAGCGACGAGGCGCCGGGCGGCAGCCGCAGACUCGUCGCGGGAGCCCCAGGGUCCGCUUCGAGGACGGUGCUGUUUUCCUGGCCGCUUGCUCUAGCGGGGACACCGACGAGGUGAAAAAGCUUUUGGCCAGAGGUGCGGACAUCAACACGGUCAACGUGGACGGCUUGACAGCCCUGCACCAGGCCUGUAUUGAUGAAAAUUUGGACAUGGUGAAGUUUCUGGUGGAGAACAGGGCCAAUGUAAACCAGCAGGACAACGAGGGCUGGACACCUCUUCAUGCAGCAGCUUCCUGUGGCUAUCUGAACAUAGCAGAGUAUUUCAUUAACCAUGGAGCCAGUGUGGGUAUUGUGAAUAGUGAAGGUGAAGUCCCCUCGGACCUUGCAGAAGAGCCUGCCAUGAAGGAUCUUCUUCUGGAGCAAGUAAAGAAGCAAGGAGUUGAUCUAGAGCAGUCAAGAAAAGAAGAGGAACAACAGAUGUUACAGGAUGCCCGCCAGUGGCUCAACAGCGGGAAAAUUGAGGAUGUAAGGCAGCCUCGCUCCGGGGCCACGGCCCUCCAUGUGGCUGCUGCCAAGGGCUACUCGGAGGUCCUCAGACUUUUAAUCCAGGCUGGCUAUGAUCUCAAUGUUCAGGAUUAUGAUGGUUGGACUCCCCUCCAUGCUGCUGCACACUGGGGAGUGAAGGAGGCUUGUUCCAUCCUGGCGGAAGCACUCUGUGACAUGGAUAUCAGGAACAAACUGGGCCAGACGCCAUUUGAUGUCGCUGAUGAGGGUGUUGUGGAGCACUUGGAGAUGCUCCAGAAGAAGCAGAAUGUGCUUCGAAGUGAAAAAGAGACACGGAAUAAGCUCAUUGAGUCAGACCUGAACAGCAAGUUGCAGAGUGGACUCUUUAAGAACAAAGAGAAGAUGCUGUAUGAAGAAGAGGUACUCAAGUCCCAAGAAAUGGAGGAAGAAAGCAAAGAGUCCAGCAGCUCCAGCUCAGAGGAGGAGGAAGGUGAAGAUGAAGCUUCUGAGUCAGAAACUGAGAAGGAAGCAGAUAAAAAGCCAGAAGCCAUUGUCAACCAUUCCAACUCUGAAAGCAAGAGUAUUAUCACGGAACAGAUACCACCACCAGCUCAGAAUACCUUCUCUGCCUCUUCAGCUAGGAGAUUCUCCUCCAGCCUUUUUAACAAGCCGGAAGAGCCCAGAGAUGAAUCUCCUUCUUCGUGGAGACUGGGACUCAGAAAAACUGGCAGCCACAACAUGCUGAGUGAGGUGGCCAAUUCUAGGGAGGCUCUGAGGGACCGAGGCUCCUCCAUCCACCGGUCGUCAUCAAGCCCUCGGAUUUCUGCCCUGCUGGACAGCAAAGAUAAGGAGAGAGAAAACAAAAGCUAUUUUAGUUCGCUAGCCCCCCGGAGGCUCAGCAGCACAAGCGACAUUGAAGAAAAGGAGAACAGAGAAUCAGCUGUUAAUCUAGUGAGGAGUGGUUCAUACACACGGCAGCUGUGGAGGGAUGAAGCAAAGGGAAGUGAAACUCCACAGACAGUUGCUCCUUCUACCUAUGUAUCAACCUACUUGAAAAGUGCUUCAUUUGGUAGAAGUAGUGACCCCACAAGUCCCUACAUUUCAGCCAAUCGCAAUCCAUCUGCUACCUCACCCAUUACCAUUGGUUCAUCUACCUCUCGGGGCAGCAAGUGGCAACCUGCCUCUUCUUGCCCUGCACCAAUCAGUGCAAACACUACUGCAUCUGUACACCAUGGCAGGACUCCUUACAAAUCCCAGGCUGACUCAACAACAGAGAAAACAGUAGACAAUGUCUCUUCUAGCACCCCGCUCUGUGUGAUCACUAAUCGCCCUCCACCUAGCACUGCCAAUGGGGUUACAACUGCCACUCAGCUCUCCACUCCUGGAACAGACUCCUCUGUGGAAGCCCGGGACAGGAGGAGAUCAUAUCUGACUCCUGUACGGGAUGAAGAAGCAGAGUCCUUACGAAAAGCACGCUCCAGACAAGCUCGGCAGACUCGAAGGUCUACCCAAGGCGUGACACUGACGGACCUUCAGGAAGCAGAAAGGACUUUCAGUCGGUCAAGAGCGGAACGGCAAGCUCAGGAGCAGCCUAGCAAGAAGCCCGCAGGCACCGAAGGGCUUGAGGGAAGCUCAGAGAAGCAUGAGCCCUCUGCAGUCCCGGCAAAGGAAGCUGGCGAGGGUGGUCAGCCCUGGGGCGGGAGUCUGGAUGAAGAACCUGUCUAUCGUCGCCUGAGGUAUCCGGCUCAGCCAGACAAACCCUCAACACCAGUGUCUCCUUCUGCAUCAAGGCCGUCUCUCUACACCAGUUCCCAUCUGCCACGGACAAGCAGAUCUUCAGUCCCUGACUCUGAGAGUUCGGAGACCACCACAAACACUGCAGUUGCAAAGGAAAUGGACAAAAAUGAGAGUGAAGAAGCGGAUGUGGAUGAUCAGUCCUCUAAUAGACUGUCCAUCCGUGAGAGGAGGCGGGCCAAGGAACGACGGCGAGGCACGGGCAUCAAUUUCUGGACAAAGGAUGGGGAUGAAGCUGACGUGUCCGAAGAGGUAAAAGCAGCACUGCAUGAAAGACUUUCUAGGUUGGAAUCAGGAGGUAGUAACCCUUCAAGCAGCGAUUCUUAUGGUGACCGGGCCUCAGCGAGAGCCCGCCGCGAGGCCCGGGAGGCGCGCCUCGCCAGCCUGACCAGCCGUGUGGAGGAGGACAGCAACAGGGAUUAUAAAAAACUCUACGAGAGUGCCCUGACCGAAAACCAAAAACUGAAAACAAAACUUCAGGAGGCCCAGCUAGAGCUAGCAGAUAUAAAGUCCAAGCUUGAGAAGAUGGCCCAGCAGAAACAAGAGAAGACCUCUGACCGAUCAUCAAUGCUGGAGAUGGAGAAAAGGGAGAGGCGAGCCCUGGAGCGGAAAAUGUCAGAGAUGGAGGAGGAGAUGAAGAACCUCCACCAGCUAAAACAGAUUCAAACCUUGAAGCAGAUGAACGAGCAACUGCAGGCUGAGAACAGGGCCCUGACCCGAGUUGUGGCCAGACUCUCGGAGUCCGUCGAGUCCUCGGAAACCCAGGAGCUCUAGUUCUUGCCCCUCUUCUCCACCUCACUUCCCUCCUCCACCACUCCAGGUGUUAACAGAACUGAAAUCCGACAACCAGAGGCUGAAAGAUGAAAAUGGUGCCCUCAUCAGAGUCAUCAGCAAACUAUCCAAAUAGACUAGGCUCCCAGUUUGGGAGGGAAGGGGCAGCAUUUGCGGUUCCCACCCCUCUUUUCCAGCCAUUGCCUUCCAACCAAAUGAAGUGAAUGUUUUGGUGGAAGGACUUCUUUCUGACCCUCCUCCAGUCACCUCCUCUGCACCAUACGUGUCCUCCGCACUCUGAAUGCCCUGUCCCUCCCGUGCCCCCCACCCCCUGAGUUUAUGGCAGUUUUAAUUGAAGCAUGAUUGUGAUCAUUUGAGCCGUUCGAGCCAUCUGGAGAAGGCCUUGGGGAGUCCACCAGGCUCAGCUGUGGGUCCCAACUCCCUGCUGCGCAGCUACUCGUCCACACUGGAUUUGAUCCAAACAUGUAAGGCUCUACCCAAACCAGUACCCCACAGCCUUUUACACGGACCCAGUGUCCUCUGAUCUAGGUGAGUCUUACGGUGGCCAUUCCAGGAUCCUGUCUGGGAUGCCAAGGGAAACAGGAUGUUGGCGUAACCACCGGACAGCCUCUGGAGCUGUGUUUCCAUUAGAUUCCAAGGUGACCGUGACUCUGCACUGAAGGUCUCUGCUAGUCUGCACCUCUCAGGAACUGACUUUUCUUUUACUCUUUGCUGGUGUUACUGUUAUUUUUUCUAUCAACAACCCAGUAACAUGCCUGAUUCGUCUUAAUUCUUAUUCUUUCCUCAUGCCUGGCCCCCUUCCCCAGGGCUCAGAUGACCCUGGCUUCCUUAUUCCUUUUCUUUCUAUCCUUCUAUUUUCCUUCCUGUGUCCCUCAUCCACCUUACCACAUUGUGUAAGAGCUAGAACAGAGCAUCUGACCUCACUUGUCUUUGGCCAUUAUGGAAAAUCAUUUCUCUUGGGGCGCUCUGGAGACCAGAAGAAUUGCCUUGGCGGCACCGCUGGCCCUGUUGCAGAAAAGCCAGACCAUGGCAUAAGUGUCAGCCCACUGUUCUCAUCUCCCACUUGUCUUCCCUACACAGUGAUUUUCCUUAUUAGAAAAUCUGGGCUCUGAACACGCCAUUCUGCCUCACCUCCUUUCGACCUUGUUUUCCUCUCUUCACUCUGGCACCUGCUCCAAAUGAGAAAGGAGGUCCUUGCAAGGAGUCGAGAGCUGGGCUGGGUGGGAGGUGGACCGGGGAGUGGAGGCACACAUACCUGGUGUGAGUAGACUAUCUGGGGACAUCUGCAACCUUGUGACAAAGAGGACAGAAGAUAGAUCGUGCUGUGGUAAUGGUGGUGAAUGUGAUGAUUUCCAGUGGCUAGAUGUAGGGGAGAGACCAUUUGUUUUCUAGAAGCAAACAGGAGAAAUGACCUCUUAAAAGAGACUUAAAGGGAUGGGAUACUUCCAGCCCACUAACGAGAGUCUCAGAAUCUUAGAGUGGCAAAGCCCAGAGGUCAUUUGGUUGAGCUUUCCAUUGUCAUGUUAGAGGGACCCCCGCCUGGACCCCACUGCCCCAGCUCUGGCCCGCCAUCAGGUAGCUGCACCUUUGUCCCUCGAAAGGUGAGCAACUCUGAUAACCAGAAAGCUUUUCCUAAGAUGAGUCGAGGUCUGCCGUGGGGGCUCCACACGGUCCAGUGCUGCCCUUUCAUGUGACAGCCCCUCGUGUCAUUGGUCAUCUUCCCUUAACCUUACUUCCAACCAGCGUUUUCCCAGCCCUUGAAGGCAUCCCUCACAUGGCAUACUUUUCCUGCCUGUCACAUCUCGUCCGUCUUCCUGACGUAUUUGGCCUUUACAGGCAUUUUCUCCCAAGGUUGGUUUGAGUGUGCGGGUCAUGUAAAUCCUCCUCAUUUUAGAGUGGCCCAUGGUAUUCAGUGCUUAGGGUGGUCCGUUCUCUUAACAUAUACCAUCUCUGCCCAUUUUUUAUUUCUUACCCCAAAACGACAGUGUAGUUCUUCACGGCCCUCUGAAAUGUUACAUGCUCUUUAAACCAGAGGUCCUAAUUCCAGAAUAGGAAAUAUGUCUCCUCUGGCAAGACCCCAUUUUUAGAAUAUACAGAAUUCUCUCUUCCGUUUCCAACCAUUUUCCAGGAGAAGCCACUACUGAUUAGGAUUUCGUAUGACCUUGGGAGCACUGUCAGCUCAGUUCUCAGGGAAUGCUAAAUUAGAGUAAAAUGUUUCCUCACUUUCACUAUAAACAUCAUCUUCAUUCUAGGGAGAGGGGAAAUCAACAGAAGGUGUUGACUAAUUGAUUCUCCUGGCACAUCCUGGAUAUUGGGCAAGGCAUGGGGGUGGUUCCUGCCUCUUUCUCAGAAACGGAAAACUGAAUUAUUAGGAAAAUACCCUGACCCUCUCGCAUUAGAUAGACCAAGUAAAAGGGUUACAGUUCCCUCAUCUGUUUGUGCCUUUCAAAAGCGUGGGACAGAAUCUAAAAACUCUUAGGUGGGUGUUAGGCCCUGCUGCUUCACACAGCCCUUUCACAUUAAAGAUGCCUUUUCUUGCCAGAAAGUUUUCCUUGUGAUGAAAAAUUUACAAGCUUUUCAAUCUCAGGAAUAAUGGAUUCUAUGGCCAAAAAACCAUGAAAGUGUAAACCAUCCCAGGUAAUUUCAGGCACUCUCUCUUAGGCAAUUAAUUUUAUUGGACAGAUAGACUGAAUUCUGGUCCCUUCCCAGAGAAUAAAAUACCCUUUCCUCCCAGUUGCGUUGCCUGGAAGCCCUGGAGUGAUGUCUAGAGACCCAAUGGCCAGCCGUGUGCUCUCGGCGCCAACAGCAGCAGGCCUCCCUCCACUUGUGCUUUUGGUCUCUGCAGUGGCCACAGACCUCCUGUCCUCAACCUACUGGUCUGGAUACCCAAGAGCACCCCAGAUAGCUCAGGCUGUGUGAAUACUGCCGGUCUGGCCAACAAUUUGGGGCUCAGCUGUGCUGGGUCACUUUCAGACUCUUUACAGGAUGGGGACGAGAAGGUUCUUGGUACGACUUUAUAUCCUCUGUUCUCAUUAAUUUGAUAUUUUUCAAAAUCAAGCCACACCUUCGGGAGUAAUGAUUCGGCCAUUCCAGAGAUUCUCUGGCUGAAGUUUCACUGCUUCAACUGUUUGGCCUUCAAGGACUGCUUACUCUUUUCCAGAUAGCUCUUGGGCUUGAUGGCCCCUGUCCCAGUCCCAGUCUCCAGUGCAACAGGGUCAUGCAAAUCUUGGGGUGUUGCCUGUAAAGAAUCUGGAGAACAGACAUGCCCUGGGCUUGUGCAGUGUGCUGGGUUCUCUCUCGGGCAGUCUUGCUUGACAUCUCCUGGAACCCGCCUGGCUUUUCCUAUCCAGCUACAGGAUGUGCUCACUUCUUUCUGCCCCUUCCUGUCUCCCUCUCCGCGUUUGAGACCAAGAUACAUUUAUUGCUCUCUGAGGCCUCUGGUGAAGGAGGCUUCAGAUCUCUGGUUUGGAUCAUUUCACGGGCUUCCCCGGCCCAAAACAAAACGUGCUUAUUCAGUGGUUGUGCUCAGAAAUGAGAAAGCUGAACCCCCAUGUGUUAGCCUGUGAAUUCCACAAAAUCGUGCGUGAACUCUCAGGGGCUUUUAACUGAGCCACGGAUGAGAGGAGAAGAAAGUCUCAAAGCCACGCAUUUGGUUUGGUCUCUGGCUUUCUGGCCCCAGUGCAGCCUCCCCUAGCCAGACAGACAGACUGCCUCCCCUCAGACAAAGGCCAGCGUUUCUAUCCCGACCACGGUGGCAGUCCUUCUGCAGUGGGAGAAGCAUAGAGAGGAGAGAUGAGCUAUUGAAAAUAUUGUCAGUUCCUCAGCUUCCAGGUUGCUCAGCCCCACAAAAGGGAAAGCCUGAAGGAUUCAGCAGCUGAGCCAUGAGGCAGGGGGCAAUUCCUGGUACCACCCCACUGGUUCCACUGGAGCUUAACAGGUGACACUAGAUGGGCACUGGCUGCAGUCCUUCCCUCCUGGCCCUUCCCAGGGCCACUGUUUGUGCCAGCACCACACCUAACUCUAGACACACAGCAGCCCCAAAUCUUGGCCCGAUUCUAACUGCAAAGCUUGCACCCCACACUGAUUUUUAAGGCAGGUUUCAGCCCAUCAAAGGAUGUGAGUCCCCUCACCCAAUAAGCAAGGCAGCUUUGAGGGCAGAAGAAGCCAACAGGAAAGGAUAAGCCCCUAGGAGUCAGAACAGCUGCAUUGUAGGGCCAGCUCUUAGUAGCCAUGUGACCUUGGGAAAGUCACCUUCGCUGUCUGCAGAAUGCAGUUUUGGACUAGAUUGUCCUUAAGAUCCCUUCUAGGCUUAUAAUUCUGUGAUAUAUUUAUUCCUGGGAAGAUCAGAACAUUUCUUAACUCAGAAUUUUUGCUCUUUCUAAUGGCAAAAAAUCUUGUUUUCUUCUGGAUUCGUACUGUUUAACAUCAGCACGUCAAGGUUGACUUCUCAUCCUUGUUAGAAAGUGAAUUUAAUAUGGAAGGUAAAAUGGAAUGGUGUUGCAAUUGCUUUCCCUCCUAAUGGCUCGGUAAGAAUAUUAAAACCUGCAGAGGUGGAAAUUGGAGCUCAUGGGGAAAUGGAUAGAAAGCAAUUUGUUGCAGGCAGCCUUCGGACAGGUGGUUUUAAUACAGGAAAUAGAGCUACUGCUUCAUAGAUUUCGUCAGCCUUCUCAAAUGUGUUCUUCAUGGCCCUUAACAUCCAAAGGGCAGACAUGGCCCCUCUGCUUAGCACCAGCUUACCCAUAGUCUUAAAUUCUGCCCUACAGCAGCAAGAGAGUUUUCCUCAAUAAAAACCUCAACCUUUAGUUCUGGGGAGCCCCUCUGGGUUCUGGACUAUCCAAAGUAGGAGGUUCCCGUGCUGUUCAGGGUGAUCCUUCUUUUAAGCAGGUCUGCAGAGGAGACCGCUGGUGCAGGAAGAGCUCAGAGACCCUAAGUCCACACAACGGUGUGGCAUAGAACAGCGCUCGGCUCCAAAGAGCCUCCUGCAGGACUGGGUGUGAGUAGAGUGAAAGGCCAGAGACCCUGAAAGUGAAGGUGGCCAGUGAGCUACGGUGGGAAGUUGGGAAGGAGGCAGAACGAAGAGCAGGGUGGAGGCUGCCAGCGGGGAGGUGGGGGGGAGCAGGGGGAGGGUCACUGAGCAGUGGAGCCGCAAGCAGGGAAAUGAGUGCUGGUCCCUGGUACCCUGGUCCCUCUGCCUCCCGCAGAGCAGAGAUGUUAAUCAGCUUCCCUAAUGGUUAUCGACAUUGCUCCGGAGCAGUAGACCCUAUCAAGGACAGCUAUUGAUCGCUUGUGUUUUGAUUAGAUUGGAAAACAGAUCAACUUCAUUGCAGCCCAGGAACUGUUACUAUCACAGCUACUAGGGAGGAGGUGGUCUCUGGGGGCUGAUAAAAACCAGCUCGAGAAUCUUGACUAGCCUGCUAGCAACUGCAGAGGAAGAGAUGCUUUCACUUCUCCUUUGAGAUUUGUGGUCGAGGGUCAAAUUGAGCAUAGGUGUGGCUUGCAACCCAGUGUCCCGGAAGAGUAGAGGGAGUAGGUUUGUUCACAGACAGACACCACUGGUGAGUGAUGAGUUGACGAAUGAUCUGAUCUUACCUCAAGAGGUGUAACGACUGGGAGAUCGUCCUUGCUUCUAACCUGCAUGCACGCGCAUGUGCACAUCUGCUGGCCUGGUGUGUGCUCGGAUCAAUGUUAUCCAAGUCUGUUAUUCUGUUAAUUCAUAUCUUUUGCUCUUCCCCUGCCCUUCCAAUCCCCAAAAGGCUUUCUCUCUGAGCCAUUCUCCAGUCCCAUCUGCUCAUCAUUUCAGACUGUGAAUCUGCCAGAGUAAUAGUUUCUGUUAUUUCUCCUCCAAAUUUCCCCUUCAUGCUUCCAGUAAACUUCUUGGGUGUCCCCUUAAGGUGACAUUAGGAUGCUCUUGUGUCCCUACAAGCAAAGAAACUUCUCGUUCACCCUUCCUCUCCCAUCUCCCACCAUUCUUUGUUCUCUGCUGUCUCACUUGGCGCUAGUGGCACUUAGGAGGUUUUCCACACAUCAGCCAUGGUUCCUGUUCCACUCCCAUUCUCCAACCACAGCCACCACUACCCCUCUUCUAGUUUCAAAGGUCCCUGGCCGUUCUAACAGCCUCUCAGAGAGGAGGUCUGAAUGGUGGGCCCGUCUGACUUGUCCGUGGCCUGGCCAGGGAGACCAUGGGUAGCCGUGUGGAGCUUACUCAGUCUUUGUCCUGAGAGCUUUGACUAUUUCCAGCUAGGGACAGAGUAUUUUCCCAGAAAAAAACCUCAGCCCAUUGCUCCCUCGCAGGAGAGGAGGCAGGAGAGGCACACUGACUGCAGGGAGCCUCUGAGAGCCUCCGAUGUCCCCGCAAAACCAGAUUUGAGGAUGAGGGGCAGAUCCUGAACAGGGACACGUGAAGUCAACAGACUUCACCUUAACAUAUCUGACCCUGUCUUCCCUCCCUCCCCCACCACUGAAGCCUGGGACAGAUUCCAGCUUGUCCUCCGGUGAGGAAGGCCAGAAAACGAGAGGUGAGGGGAAGGAGGAUGUAGGGGCUCAGGCACAGACCACCAGGAGGCGGGCUGCAGGGCUGCGAGAGGGUUCUGGGAGGUUGCAGCAAUCCAGAAGAACGCCACUUCCGCCUAGAGUCCCUUGAGCCUUUGAAAGACUGGGCCUGCCACCUCACUGGCCCCCAGGAAGGGCCAUCAUUUCCCCGAGGAGGGACGAAACCUGUUUCAUCCUUGCUCCCCCGCUCCUGGAGAAGAUACAGCCUGUUCUCACGGGACUCAUGCAGACUCUGGCGUUGGCUUCAUGGUUUCCCUCCCUCUGUUCUUCCUUUGCCCUUGACCGUGAUCAGUUAGGGGUGAGAAGAGCUUAGAAGAACCACCCUGGGGUCCUCAUGCCUCUCCCAUUUUAGGGGUUGAAUUUUGUGUUUUCUCCAUUCAGUUCACCCUUCACUCCCGACCUUACUUCCACCACAGUUAAAGCAGCAGAUGUAAGUUUUUCAGCUGACUUGUACGGAUUAACUUCAGUCCAUUGUAAAUACACCUGGGGUGGGAUAAGGGCAUUUAGGGAGGGGGAGCCAGAUUCGCUUUGUGAAUUGAAUGUAUUUUUAUGCAAUUUUGAGUGGCCUUUCAACCCUGAGAUGAAUGAUUUUGUUUUACUGGUUGUUAUUAUAUAGUAUUAUUAAGUAUUCUGUGUUUGAAAGUUUGGGAGUAAUAUUCACAUCUAUAUGAUGCCUGUAAACACGACCAUAUUUAUAAAUGAGUAAAUAAAACCGUGUUUUAACUUUG